AUGUUUAUCAGUGGAAACCAUCGUGCUCAGGCACAAUUCGACCGCGCAAAAUGGCGUGCCAUGGUCCUCAUCCCUACCUGGGUCCUCCAGCUCGGCCUGAGCAUGGCCAUGAUGGGCCUUUUCGCCUACAGACUGGGCGACAGCAUGAAGGUGAACAAAGACGACAACAAAAAGAAUGAUGAUCCCAUGAUCGAGAUUGUAUGGGAGGCUACCAAUGUAGCGCUCUGGUUUGUCGCAUCUCUGUGCAGUUUCGUUGAAAUCGCCAAAUAUUUUGCAGAGUCCUUGACGCCAUGGACAAUGCUGUUUACGCAUAUUAUCAAGUUGACUUGUGCAAUUGCUACUCUUGCUCUUGAUGUCGUCAUCUACACUGAGAAGCACGACAAGCACUACUCUCUUGUGGCUCUUGGAUUAGACGGUGCCUUCAUCAUCACAUCACUUAUCCUGGUCUUCUACUCUGUCCGAAGAUACCGUCGCCUCUCCGCCUACGACGACUACACCCACCCCGUCAACGUCAAGCCCUAUGGCUUCAACGACGACCUCGAGCGCGAUUCUUCAUACGCCCGGCAGUCCACCGACAAGCGCUUCUCUUCUGCAUCAUCUCGAGCCAGCAUUACUUCCAAGCGUGAGCCCCUUGAGAUGAGUACCGUCCAGCGAACACCCAGCGUGUACAGCCACAAGCGAGAUACCCAAUUCGACGACUACGUAGCCCGCCGCGGCUCCGUCACCAAGGACCGCAUCGGCAGCGGAGAUUUCAGCUACGCCGGAGCCCAAGGCGAGCUGCAAGAAUCUGGAACGACGCUUGCGCCUACUCGCCCAAGGGGAGCCAGCAGCGGCCGAGCUGCGAGCUGGACCAGCGAUAGAGGCCUGGUAGCCGUUCCUGAAGAGGACGACGACACGCCUGCUGGCAAGGAGUCCAAGACGGAUAAGGAGAAGAAGGACCGCGAAGCUCUGCUGGGCAACACUCCUCGUGGGAGCAUCGAUGGGCCACUUGUUUCCCAGGAAGCCGAUCUGUCAGAACCAAGAUGGCAGCGGGAAUAG